AUGGGUAUUGAUAGAGUUAAUAAUGAAGAUGAUUCAUUAAAUAAUAUUUAUAAUCCAUCAAAAGAUCCAAAUUAUAUAAAGUUAGUAAAUGUUUUAACUGAACUUAAAUCAAAUGGAAUUAGUGAUUCUGAUCCAACAUUUACUUCAAUCUUACAAAUUACUAAACUAUAUUUAAUGAAUAAAACUAAUAGUGGUAUCAAUAAUAAUGGUGUCAAUAAUAAUAAUGGUAAUAACAAUAGUAAUAAUGAUAAUAUAGUUGAAUUAUUUAAAGCACAAGUUGAAUCAUAUAAAUAUAUAUCUAGAAAUUUACCAAUACCAGUUGGAGUUUUACAAAAGAUGUCACCAAUUUUAGAGAAUUCACCACAUGUACCAUCAUUUAAAGAGGAAUUAUUAAAUUUGAAAUAUUAUCCAAAGGGAUUAAUUAAAUUGGAUCAAAAUAAUAACCCUAUCACUACAAACACAAUGGCAUAUCAACAAUUGAGUUGUAACCAAAGAAUGAUUCAACAACAAAAAGAGAGAAUACAACAAGAACAACAACAAGCACAACAACAAGAGCAAAUUAGAAUUUUACUACAAGAGAAACAAUUAAGACAAACUGAAACUUUAAAUAAUACAAAUAAUAAUAACAAUAAUAAUAGUAAUAAUAAUAAUAAUAAUAAUAAUAAUAAUAAUAAUAAUAAUAAUAAUAAUAAUAAUAAUAAUAAUAAUAAUAAUAAUAAUACUAGCGCAAAUGGUAAUAAUAUUAAUAAUAAUAAUAAUAAUAAUAAUAAUACUACAAACACAAAUGGUAAUAAUAAUAAUAAUAAUAAUAAUGAAAUUGAAACAUUAACAAAAGAAGAAGAAUUAGAAAAAGAAAAAGAAAUACAAAGAUUAAGAGAUUUACAAAAACCAAUAAUUUAUAAGAGUUGUAUACCAGCAAGUGUUGAAAAUAUUAAAGGUUUACCAGAGGCUAUUCAUUCUAUAAAUGAGAGAGAAAUGAAAAUUCAAGCAAAAGUGAUAACACGUAUUGAUGAAUUGAAGGAGAUACCAACUCAUUAUUUACCAACUGAUGUUAGAAUUAGAUCAGAGAUUGAGAGUAAACAAUUGAAACUAUUGGAAUUACAAAGAAAACUUCGUAAUGAUGUAUCGUUAGAGAUGGAGGAUCAAGUAUUGAUACGUUCAAUUCAAAACAAUAGCAAGGGAUAUGAUGACAAUGAUUACAAUCUCUACGUACGUUCAAUUCCACGUUUAAUCAAUAGACCUAUCGAUCAAACUAGUUCAAUCUACGAUACUACUACAACUCAAUUACCAGAGAGUAUAUUGGUGACAAAUAAAAAGAAAUUCUUGGAAGCAAUUGCAAUUCAUGCAAGAGAUUUCAAAGUGUUUCAUAGUAACAAUGAGAAAUUUCUUCGUCAAAAUGUUAUCAAAGCAAUACAUCGUUAUCAUAAAGAGAAAGAAAAGAGAGAGAUUGAACGUUUAUCAAAGGAACGUAUUCGUUUACUUAAAGCACGUGAUACCGAAGGUUAUAGAGAUCUUUUAGCAAAAACAAAGAAUGAACGUUUAGAAAUGCUUUUAGGUGAAACUGAUUCCCUCUUAAGUAGUAUUCAUCAAUUAAUGGAAAAAGAACAAACUGAAAAAAGAGCACGUGAAUUAGAAGAAGAAUUAAAACAAAAUGAAGAACAAUUAAAUGAUCAUAAUGGUACAAAUACUAAUAACAACAAUACCACCACCACUACCACCACUACUUCUACUACAACAUCAACAUCAUUAUCAAAUGAAGGUCAACCAAUUGCAAAUAUAACUUCACCACUCCAAUCAACUACAACUAUUUUAGCAAAGAAAUCAAAUAAUUUAGUGAUUGAACAACCAGAUCUUAUGACUGGUGGUAAAUUAAAAGAAUAUCAAGUAACUGGUUUAGAAUGGUUAAUUUCAUUGUAUACACGUAAUUUAAAUGGUAUUUUAGCCGAUGAAAUGGGUCUUGGUAAAACUGUACAAACCAUUGCAUUCAUUUCAUUCCUUUAUGAACGUAUGAAUGUUAGAGAGCCAUUCUUGGUAGUAGCACCAUUGUCAACCAUUAGUAAUUGGGUAUCAGAGUUUGCACGUUGGUCACCAAAACUUCAUGUGAUCGUUUACAAGGGUAAACAAGAUGAGAGAAGAGAGACAGCAAGAACCAUACCAAGGAAUGCAUUUUGUGUAGUUAUCACCUCUUUUGAAUAUAUCAUAAAGGAUAGAAAAACAUUGGGUAGGGUUCAUUGGAUCUAUAUUAUCAUUGAUGAAGGUCAUCGUAUCAAAAAUAAAAAUAGUAAACUCUCUGUACAAUUACGUCAAUAUCAUAGUAGAAAUAGAUUACUACUCACAGGUACACCAUUACAAAAUGAUUUGGGUGAGUUGUGGGCAUUGUUAAACUUUUUGUUACCAACUAUUUUCAAUUCAGCUGAUACUUUCCAAAAUUGGUUCAAUGCACCAUUCCAAGCAAAGGGUAAGAAUUUAAUCAAUGUCAACGAAGAGGAGUCUUUGAUCAUUAUCAAUCGUCUCCAUCAAGUUUUAAGAUUUUUCUUAUUACGUCGUUUGAAAUCAGAUGUAGAGAGCCAACUUCCAGACAAGAAGGAAAAAGUUAUCAAAUGUAAUAUGAGUGCACUUCAAAUUGCAAUGUAUAGAUCAUUGGUAGAGUAUGGUGUACUCCCAAUCGAUCCAGAUUCAAAGGAGGGUAGAAGUGGAAGAUUGAAAAUGAAAGGUUUCAAUAAUAUCGUUAAACAACUUCAAAAGAUUUGCAAUCAUCCUUACCUCUUUAAAGAUGAAUGGGAUAUCAAUGAGGAUCUCAUUAGAACCAGUGGUAAAUUCGAUACUAUGGACCAAAUUCUAACGAAAAUGCAUGCCUCCAAACAUCGUGUUCUCAUUUUCACUCAAAUGACAGAGGUUAUCAAUCUAAUGGAGGAGUAUUUCUCUUUGAAAGAAUGGACUUUUCUUCGUUUGGAUGGUUCAACUAAACCAGAGGAACGUGCUCAUUUGGUUGUCGAAUGGAAUCGUCCUGAUUCACCAUUUUGGAUUUUCGUACUCUCAACUCAUGCCGGUGGUUUAGGUAUGAAUUUACAAACUGCCGAUACUGUAAUCAUUUUCGAUUCCGAUUGGAAUCCACAAAUGGAUCUUCAAGCUCAAGAUAGAUGUCAUCGUAUUGGUCAAACUAAUUCUGUGUCGGUGUUUCGUUUAAUCUCUGCCAACUCUAUCGAAGAGAAAAUUCUAGGUAGAGCCACCGAUAAAUUGGAGAUCGAUGCAAAGAUUAUUCAAGCCGGUAUGUUUAACACUCAUUCCAACGAUCAAGAAAGACGUGCAAAAUUGGAACAAUUCCUUCAUGGUUUCCCCAAUAAUACUUUGGAUGAAGUACCAGUGGAUCUAAAGGAAAUCAAUAAAUUGAUUGCUCGUGAUGACUUUGAAUUCAAACAAUUCCAAGAGAUGGAUAAAGAACGUUUGAAAGUGGAUCAAGCAAAUUCAAAGAAAACUAGACAACCAAUUAAACCACGUCUAAUGAUCGAAAAAGAAUUACCUGAAUGGGUUUUGGCAACUCCUGUCACCGAUAAGGAUGAAGAUAUCGCUGGUAAGAAACGUUCAACCGCCAUUGCUUCUGCCAAUAGUUUUGUUCAUGAUAAUUUAACCGAUAAUCAAUAUGCUAGAAUGAUUGAAAAGAAUAUGACCUUUGAACAGUAUAAAGCUCAUUUAGAGGCAAAGAAAUUAAAGAAUGGCAAAUCUAAAAAAGAUGGUGAGAAAAGUAAAAAGAAAAAAGGUAAAAGUAGAGGUAGAAAGAAUAAAUCUGAUGAUGAAGACUCUUCCGAUGAUGAACUUGAUGAUGAAGGUAUUUCAUCUGAUGAUGAUGAUAAUAAUAUUAAUAAUAAUAAUAAUAAUAAUGAUAAUAAUAAUAAAAACAAUAAUAAUAAUGAUGAUGAAGAAACUGGUGCUAUUCAAAAACAAAUCGUUGAACGUCGUCGUGCUACCCCUCAACAACGUAAACAACAACGUCAACAACAACAAGAAAAACAAAAUCAUGAAAAUAAUAGUGAUAAUGAAAAUCAAGAUGAUAUUAUUCAAGUUGAUGAUCAUCCAACUAAUGGUAUUGAAAAUAGUAGUAACAAUAAUAAUAAUGAUGAUAAUAAUAGUAAUGGUAAUAGUAAUCAACAACAACAACAACAACAAUCCAAUAAUGGUGAAACACCAACACCUGCUAAAAAAGGUAGAGGUAGACCAAGAUUAUCAAAUAAUCCAACUCCAAUUAAAAGAAAAUUAGAUGAUCUUAAGGGUAAAUCUGAUGAUAGUCCAAAACCAUCAAAGAAAUCUUUAAUGUCUGAAACAGAAACGAGUGACAACGAACAAUCAAUGGAUUCUGGUGAUAAUAGUAAUAAUAAUAAUAAUAAUAAUAACAGUAAUAAUAAUAAUAAUAACAAUGAAAAAAAUAAUAAUAGUAAUGGUGAACCAAGUGAAAAUGGUAGUCAAGAAAAUGUAAAUGGUAAUGGUAAUGUGGCUUCUACUGCUGCAACAAAUGGUACAUCAGUUCAUACUCCAGGUAAAAGAGGUAGAAAGAAGAAGAUUAGACCAAACCCUGAAGAUGAAGAAAAGGAUAAAGAUAAAGAAAAUGAAAAUGAAAAUGAAAAUGAAAAGGAAAAGGGAAAUGAAAAAGAUAAGGAUCCAACUUCAACCACUUCUCCUACCACAACUACCACUUCAACUUCAGCAGGCACUUCUUCUGGUUCAUCAUCAUCAGUUUUAAAUACCCCACUUUCUCCUGAAUCUCCUUUUACAACUAGAUCAGGUAGAACAAGAUUUCCAAAAAAUUCAACUGAACAAUAA